ACCCGCGUGCGCCACCCCUCAGUCAUAAGGCACUUUGUUUAGUUUCGAUUCCACAUAUUCAGAAUCGUCCUUUCUACUACUGAACACGCGGAGGCUACUGAAAUCUGCCAUGCAUCCAGCAGACGGCAUGAUCCAAACCCUGGUUAUUGUGUGUUUGACCUUAACCCCAGUGACUCUAGCGUCCCCACCUUUUUCUGGAAUAAGUCUGCAAAUCCAAGCAUCUGUGGACCAAAACGUGUCUUUGCCCUGCACUGCUCAGCCCAAGACAAACGUGUCGUACCGGGCGGUUCGUUGGUACAAGGAGACAGGAGUCCCUCGUCUGAGCGGGCUGGUGUCCAGAGAUUUCCCUACUGGUCAGAUGAGGUGGUACGUGGACGCAGACACGAGGAUUUCUCUGGAGGAGGGGACUCUGAACCUGCAGCUGCCCACAGUGACCUGCUCAGACCAGGCAGUGUACCAGUGUUACCUGGCUGCACCUGUGGGCGAACAGAACAGAGAGGGACGUGUCCGCCUCAGUGUCACAGGCUGCCCCACAGAAGAGCCUACACGUGGGCCUCCUGUGGUCCCUGUGCCCACUGGGAGCCCCUCACAGCUGCUGGUCCUGGUAGCCAGUCUGCUCCUGUUCACGGUUCUGGGUUUAGCUCUGACUUUAUUCUGCCUGAAGAAAAACCAGUGGUACAACCCAAAGAAGAGCAUAGAGCACCCUUUGUACCCGGACCUGUCCCCUCCUCUGGAAAAACACAAACUCAUUUUCACAAACUUCACUUUCCCGCCAAAUUCAAAAAUGUGCAGCUCAAAAUUCAUCACCGUUUAAAUCCACAAUGUUUGGAAAUGAGAGCUUUUGAUUUGUACCAUCUGCAUGGUUCCACGCUGGAUAUACAAAAAUAUAACAACAGACCACUGAUCACUACAACAACAUGCUCUGCAAACCUCCAUGAAAAUGUCCUACUUUUACUUUGGAUUCUUUUACUGAAUCAGUGUCAAAUCUGUGUCGUUGGUGUUAAGAAUAUUAAUAGGUUUCUAUUUUACUUAAAGGUUCUAAAAUGUUUUAAGGAUAAAUUUAGGUAACAUUGAGCUCACUCCCUGUUCUGGGGAGCUGAACUUUUCUUCAUUGUAAUCCGUGCUUCUUUAUUUUCAUGUGUAUUCUCUUGAAUUUAAGUUUUUAUUUAAUGUUUAAUGUUUUAUUUGUGGCAGCUAUACACCUUUUAACUUUAAUUUGUUUAACUUCAACAAAUCACACAAUGCACCUUUACUCCAGAUGAUAUAAGGCAGCUUUAUUUUCAUGGAACUGAUCUUGUUGUGGAAGGCUUUGGACAGAGGUCUUUAAAAUGUCACCUCAGAGGAAACAAAGCACAACUAGUCUACUCAGAUGUACAUGUAUGUAUGAAUAUAUGCAGGUGUUGACGUUUUCAUACUUUUGGAAAAAAAACAAAAAAAGUUGAACCCAUGAACGAUGCUUAGUGGAGGGUUUAACCUGCAGAACACACAGCUCCAAGUUGUUUAAUCUGCUGUUACCAUGGCUACAAAGUGAAAUCUGUUGACUGUCUGAAACAGGAACAAAGCAGUGAUACAGAAGGUAAUUUAACUGUCCCAGACAUUUUCUACAAUAGGAACUCGCGGCAAUUGGUCACUGAAAUUUUCAUCUUACUGUAAUAUGUUUUUAAAUAGUUCAUUUCGUUAGACUUUUGCCUUUAAAAGUAAAUUUUGCUGCUAGAUGCUGAAAACUAGACCAAUGUCACUGUGUGUACUUCUACUUCUCACAUAAAAAGUUUAAAAACUUUAAGAGUUUUUGAAAUGAUUUGAGAAUUGUGAUUACUGUUUGUUCUAAUAAACAUUUUUGAUUUGA